UAAGGUCAAGACGAACGAUAUAAAUACCGGAUAUCCAAAACAACGGAGGUAUUACAACGACGUGUAUACCUAUCAUUACGUGACUGACAUUCGUGUUUGUUUUAGUAAAUCCUAUUUGAUGUAUGUAUAGAUAACAACGAGCAGCUACCCGGUGCAAACGAGCUUAUCUAUGUGACAGAUAUGCAAAUUAGCAAUUCUUGAAGGAUUUGUAACUUGAGAAUUUUCAAGAAAAUAUCUCUUGCGUUGUAAAAAUGCCAAACAUUUGACGGGUCCAGUUAAAUGUACGAAUAUGGCUUCUUUAAUAACUUAUGUUCUUGCGGCAUACAUAAGUUUUGCAGCGUCUUACAAUUUGACCAAUGGAGAUGAAAGUUUUCUUUUUGAUACAUUUCCUGGAGACUUUCGAUGGGGAAUCACAACGUCUGUUUACAGGAAUUUUAAUAACGGGAACCAAACAGCGAUUCAAAGACUUCAGGAAGACAUAGAAGGGCUUAAAUACAUUGGGGUAUCCACAUUUAAAUUGACACUAGACUGGGAUGCCCUGGCAAACAAUUCAUCCACUACAGGGCUAGACGAGGAAACAGUUGGUUUUUAUGUAACGGUGCUCGAACAACUACAACGUUAUGGAAUAGAACCGCACAUAACAUUGUUUGAAAAAGACGUUCCUGCAAAAAUAAGGGAUGCCGGGGGUUGGUUCAACAACAACAGUGCUGUUGACGCAUGUGCCUUUGCUAAGAAUGUUUUUGAACAGAUUGGUUCUUCUAAGGUUAAAAUGUGGAGUACUUUUUCGGAUCCAGUAAAUAUGGCCAUAAAGACUUAUGGAGAUGCUGAUAAUAAAAGUGUCUACAUUGCAGUACAUAACAAGCUGAAAGCCCAUUCAUGCAUAUACCAAGAAUAUCAUAAAACAGUAAACAAAGGUAAAAUAGGCUUAGAUCUGAAGGGUAGUUGGUUCGAGCCAGAAUAUCCAUUGGCGUCUGCCAUAAAUGAUACAUUAGAUAAAGCGUUCGCGUUUGAGGUUGGUUUGAUUAUGGGAGUACUGAGUACAGGGGACUAUCCGUCAGUGAUGAAAGAAAGACUUGGUAGCAGACUACCGACAUUCACUGAGCAAGAGCAAUCUUCUUUGAUAAAUUCAACUGAUUUUCUUGGUGUUGCAUAUUACGGAGCCUUUCUUAUAGCUAAAGAUGACAGAAAAGAUACUGACAAAGGUUUUACUCAGAGUGUAAACACCAUAUGGAAAAGGCGAGAUGAUCCGGCGACGUAUAUGUAUUCGCAAGGCUUGCGGCUUCUUCUGAAACAGCUGAGUGUUAAGUACCCUGGUGUAGACAUAUACGUUACCGACACGGGUGUCACGGACGUUACCGAUGGUGUUCGCGACAAAAUUAGAGUAGAAUGGAUUAGAGAGCAUGCGAACGAAGUUCUCAAAGCAAUAAAAAAGGAUCAUUUGGGAAAUGUAAAAGGGUUUUACGUUAGAACUCUGGUCGAUGAAAUACAGUCGCCUCUUGAAAAACAGACAAAAAUUGGACUGUACACACUUGAAGAGGACAACAUUUCUAGAUCAAAGAAAUCCUCCGCGGUGUUAUACAAACAAAUAAUUACUGAUAAUGGCUUUGAAAGGGGUUACAAUGGACCUGGUGGAUUUCCAAGUGGACCAGUCUACCAUGAAGAUGGGAUAUACUAUGACGAAUUUCCCAAGGACUUUGCCUGGAGCUCGGCCACGUCUGCUUAUCAGGUCGAAGGAGGAUAUAACGAAGAUGGUAAAGGCGUGAGUAUAUGGGAUGUCCACGCUAACACGCCUGGUGCUGUUGCAAACAACGAUAAUGGAAAUAUUGCAUGUGACAGUUACCAUAAAUAUAUGGAAGAUAUAAAGAUCCUGAAAGCUUUAGGGACAAAAUACUACCGUUUUUCGAUCGCAUGGACGAGAAUUUUGCCAAACGGAAUAAACGAUACCAUCAAUGAAAAAGGAAUAGAAUAUUAUCUGAAUCUAACCAAAGCUUUAAAAGAAGCAGGAAUUGAACCAAUGGUGACACUGUACCACUGGGAUUUGCCCGAAGAACUUAACAAGAUAGGAGGAUGGCUGAACGAAAGCAUAGUGGAUUAUUUUGCUGAAUAUGCAAAACUUUGUUUCCAAAGAUUUUCCGAACAUGUUAAAUACUGGAUCACAUUUAACGAGCCAAAGUUGAUUGGACAAGCAGGGUAUGCUGACGGCUCGUUCCCACCAAAUAUACACUCCCCUGACGUAGGUGGCUACAUUACUGCGCAUCAUAUUAUUAAAGCACAUGCAAAGGCAUACAGAAUAUAUGAUAAGGAAUUCAAAACCCGUUAUAGAGGUAAAAUCGGUUUCACUGUAAGCGUGGGUUGGUCGGAACCAAAUGACAUGUAUAACCCCGAUGACUUAGAAGCCUCAGACCGGGCAACUGCAUUUAGCUUUGGUUGGUAUGCCCAUCCAAUAUACAUCAACGGCGACUAUCCUGAAGUCAUGAAGAACACCAUCAGUGAGAAAAGCAGGAUUCAGGGCUACAAUGAAUCAAGGUUGCCGGAAUUCACAGACGAAGAGAAAGCCGAAAUAAAUGGCACGUUCGAUUUUUUCGGCUUGAAUCAUUACUCUUCCAGCUAUGUGACUUCUGACAAGAAAACGGACACAAACGCAAGUUACUGGGACGACCAAGACACGCGUGGUUUUGCCGAUCCCAGUUGGAUCGGAUCUGGAUCGAGCUGGCUAAAGGUGGUACCUUUCGGCCUGAGAAAGAUCUUGAACUGGAUUAAGUCUCAUUACAACAACGUGGAUGUGUAUGUCACAGAGAAUGGUGUGUCUGACAGGAACGGUACAUUGAGGGACUAUCAUAGGAUUCACUUUUAUAGAACAUAUAUCAACGAAAUUCUUAAAGCCGUAAAACUUGACGGUUGUAACGUCAAAGGCUACACAGCAUGGUCGCUUAUGGACAAUUUUGAAUGGAAUGUUGGUUAUACAGAGAAAUUUGGAAUUCAUUACGUAAACUUUAGCGAUCCCGAGAGACCUCGAAUUCCUAAAGGAUCUGCUUACUGGUACACACAGCUUAUAAAUGAGAAUGGAUACAAACCUGGUUAUCCUGCCCUAGGCGGGCGAGGUACAGCCCCGGACUUUGUCGGCAAGUUUUACUACGAUCGAUUUCCAGAUGGAUUCGAAUGGGGCGUGGCAACAGCUGCAUACCUUACAGAAGGAAGUGCUAAUAACGACGGUCGAGGAGUUAGCAUUUGGGACAAACACACAGGUGGAGAAGUGGUGACAGCAGAUGGUUACCACAGAUAUAAAGAGGAUGUACAACUUUUAAGACAUCUCAAGGUCAACUCGUAUCAUUUCUCCGUGUCCUGGUCAAGGAUAUUUCCAAAUGGCACCAAACCUAUGAAUAUUAUUGGAGUACAGUAUUAUAAGGACUUAAUUAAAGAAUUAGUAAAGUGGAAUAUUAAGCCUGUUGUGACAUUGUAUAACUACUGGGAGCUUCCACAAGCGCUGCAAGACAAAGGCGGUUGGUUGGACAACAGAACAGUCAAAUACUUCAGUGACUUUGCUGACACCUGUUUCAAAGAAUUCGGAGACCAGGUAAAAAUGUGGAUAACUGUGAACAAACCGUUCAGUAUUAGUAGUAUAGGUUACGGUACUGGAUAUGGCAAAACUAAUAAUAACGAACCUGGAGUAACAAACUAUAUAGCUGCUCAUAAUCUGCUAAAGGCGCAUGCUAGAGUAUACAGACUAUACCAGACCAGAUAUGUUGGCACACAGAAAGGAAAAAUUGGUAUUGCACUCGAUGUCGAAUGGAGAGAACCUAAGGACGAGUUUUCACCAUCUGACUGGACCGCUUCCGAGACCGCGAUGUUGUUCAACCUAGGCUGGUUUGCCGAGCCUAUAUUUGGCGGGAACGAUUAUCCACAAGUAAUGAAAGACAAGAUCUGCAGUAGAAAUAGAAACGGGAACUGUAGAUUACCUUCGUUCACCGAAGAUUUGAAUGGAUCAGCAGAUUUUUUCGCUGUUAAUAUCCAACCAGCGCAGUUAUGUCAACAGCAUGAAUAUGACGCCAGUAAAACAGGUCUUUGGCCGGAUAGUGGUGUUGAAUGCAAACAAGAUCUUAGAUGGAACGAGCCAGAUUCUUUGAUGCCCAAGGACAGCCCAUGGGCAAUGAGAAAAACAUUGAACUGGAUCAAAGCUCACUACGGGGAUGUUCCAAUUUAUGUUACGUCUAAUGGUGUUGCUGAUUCUACCGGACAGCUUAAUGACACAGAAAGGGUUAAUUUUUACAGAGAGUACAUUGAUGAAAUGCUGAAAGCUACCAAUCUGGAUGGAGUAAAUGUGAAAGGUUACACAGCCUGGUCGCUUCUAGACUACGAGGACGGUACUUCCGGACCUCAACAGUAUCAUGGAUUCUACGGAGUGAAUUUUAUAGAUGGAAACAGACAUAGGACACCAAAAGCAUCAGCAAUGUUUUACAGAAAUGUUAUAAGCAACAAUGGAUUCCGUGAAGAUGAUUUAGAUGUUUAUAUACCGCAAGAAAACGAGUUUCUGAAAGAAAAUCUUCCUGACGAUUUUGUAUGGAGUGCAGCAACUGCCGCCUAUCAGGUAGAGGGCGGAUGGAACGAAGGAGGCCGUGGGCCAAGUAUAUGGGACACGUUUUCUCAAACACCGGGGAAAGUAGACAAUAAUGAUACUGGUAAUAUGGCAUGCUACAGCUACAAGUAUUAUGAAAAGGAUGUAAAAAUUCUUAAAGCACUAGGGGUCAGUCACUAUCGGUUCUCGAUAUCGUGGCCUCGAAUAUUUCCCAAUGGUUAUGGUGAUGUUCCCAACAAGGAAGGUAUAGAUUACUACAACAGGUUGAUAGGUGCUCUCCUAGGUGCUGGUAUAACUCCUAUGAUAACAUUGUAUCACUGGGAUCUACCUCAAGCAUUGGAGGACUACGGAGGAUGGAGGAAUGAAACUACGGCUGAACAUUUUGCCGAUUAUGCUGAUGUUUGUUUCAAUGCUUUUGGAGACAGGGUGAAGUUCUGGAUAACGCUGAAUGAGCCAUGGGUUGUAUCAUUAUUGGGACACGAGUAUGCAGCCAUGGCACCAGGUUUGAAGACAAGUGGUACAGCCAUAUACACGGUUUCGCGGACUCUUAUUCUAGCCCAUGCUAAGGCCUAUAGAGUAUAUGAGAAGAAAUACAGGGCCAAGCAACACGGACAGGUUGGAAUAACUAUGAAUUGUGAUUGGUGGGUACCGAAGAAUCCAUUUGACCCAGAUGAUAAGAACGCUGCAGAGCGAGGUCUUCAGUUCCAUCUUGGAUGGUUUGCCCAUCCUAUUUAUGUAAAUGGUGAUUACCCAGACAUCAUGAAACAACAAAUUGAUAGAAGAAGCAAAGAACAGGGACUGAACAAAUCCAGACUUCCACCAUUUUUAGAUGAAGAAAAACGCUUAAUAAAUGGUACUUACGAUUUUUUUGGACUAAACCAUUACACUUCUGUGUGGGUGUCUCACCACACGUGCAAUAUUUCCGAUAGCUCUUAUAACUGCGACAAAGAACUCAAUGAAGAUAAAGAUCCAAACUGGCUAGGAUCUGGAUCAGACUGGCUGAAGGUAACACCUUGGGGAAUACGGAGAAUGUUAAACUGGAUCAAAGAUCAGUACGGAGAUGUACCUGUCUAUAUCACCGAAAACGGGGUCUCUGAUAGGAAUGGUUCGCUAAAUGACCAACACAGAAUAUAUUUCUAUAAAAAUUAUAUCAACAAUGUUUUAAAAGCCGUUAAAAUCGACGGAUGCAAUGUCAAGGGAUAUACAGCAUGGUCUUUGAUGGACAACUUUGAGUGGGCACGCGGAUAUACAGAGAGAUUUGGUCUGCAUUUCGUAAACUUCUCUGAUCCUGAAAGGACAAGGACUCCAAAGGCAUCAGCAGUGUGGUAUAGAAAUGUUAUAAGCAACAAUGGAUUCCGUGGAGUUGACUUAGAUGGUCAUAUGCCGCAAGAAAACGAGUUUCUGAUAGAAAAUUUUCCUGACGAUUUUGUAUGGAGUGCAGCAACUGCCGCCUAUCAAGUAGAGGGUGGAUGGAACGAAGGAGGCCGUGGGCCAAGUAUAUGGGACACAUUCUCUCAUAAGCCUGGCAAUGUGGACAACAAUGACAAUGGCGACAUGGCAUGCUACAGCUACAAGUAUUAUGAAAAGGAUGUGAAAAUUCUUAAAGCACUAGGGGUCAGUCACUAUCGGUUCUCGAUAUCGUGGCCUCGAAUAUUCCCAAAUGGUUAUGGUGACGUUCCCAACAAGGAAGGUAUAGAUUACUACAACAGGUUGAUAGAUGCUCUCCUGGUUGCUGGCAUAACUCCUAUGAUAACAUUGUAUCACUGGGAUCUACCACAGGCAUUGGAGAACUACGGAGGAUGGAGGAAUGAAACUACGGCUGUUCAUUUUGCUGCUUAUGCUGAUGUUUGUUUUAAAGCUUUUGGAGACAGGGUUAAGUUCUGGAUAACGCUGAAUGAGCCAUGGGUUGUAUCAUUAUUGGGACACGAGUAUGCAGCCAUGGCACCUGGUUUGAAGACAAGUGGUACAGCCAUUUACAAGGUUUCACGAACUCUUAUUCUAGCCCAUGCUAAGGCCUAUAGAGUAUAUGAAAAGAAAUACAGGGCCAAGCAACACGGACAGGUUGGAAUAACUAUGAAUUGUGAUUGGUGGGUACCGAGGAAUCCAUUUGACCCAGAUGAUAAGAACGCUGCAGAGCGAGGUCUUCAGUUCCAUCUUGGAUGGUUUGCCCAUCCUAUUUAUGUGAAUGGUGACUACCCAGACAUCAUGAAACAACAAAUUGAUAGAAGAAGCAAAGAACAGGGACUGGAAGUAUCCAGGCUUCCACCAUUUUCAAAUGAAGAAAAACGCUUAAUAAAUGGUUCUUACGACUUCUUUGGACUAAACCAUUACACUUCUGUGUGGGUGUCUCACCACACGUGCAAUAUUUCCGAUAGCUCUUACAACUGCGACAGAGAACUCAAUGAAGAUAAAAACCCAAACUGGCUAGGAUCUGGAUCAGACUGGUUGAAGGUAACACCUUGGGGAAUACGGAGAAUGUUAAACUGGAUCAAAGAUCAGUACGGAGAUGUACCUGUCUAUAUCACCGAAAACGGGGUCUCUGAUAGGAAUGGUUCGCUAAAUGACCAACACAGAAUAUAUUUCUAUAAAAACUAUAUCAACAAUGUUUUAAAAGCCGUUAAAAUCGACGGAUGCAAUGUCAAGGGAUAUACAGCAUGGUCUUUGAUGGACAACUUUGAGUGGGCACGCGGUUAUACAGAGAGAUUUGGUCUGCAUUUCGUAAACUUCUCUGAUCCUGAAAGGACAAGGACUCCAAAGGCAUCAGCAGUGUGGUAUAGAAAUGUUAUAAGCAACAAUGGAUUCCGUGGAGUUGACUUAGAUGGUAAUAUGCCGCAAGAAAACGAGUUUCUGAAAGAAAAUUUUCCUGACGAUUUUGUAUGGAGUGCAGCAACUGCCGCCUAUCAAGUAGAGGGUGGAUGGAACGAAGGAGGACGUGGGCCAAGUAUAUGGGACACAUUCUCUCAUAAGCCUGGCAAUGUGGACAACAAUGACAAUGGCGACAUGGCAUGCUACAGCUACAAGUAUUAUGAAAAGGAUGUGAAAAUUCUUAAAGCACUAGGGGUCAGUCACUAUCGGUUCUCGAUAUCGUGGCCUCGAAUAUUCCCAAAUGGUUAUGGUGACGUUCCCAACAAGGAAGGUAUAGAUUACUACAACAGGUUGAUAGAUGCUCUCCUGGAUGCUGGCAUAACUCCUAUGAUAACAUUGUAUCACUGGGAUCUACCACAGGCAUUGGAGAACUACGGAGGAUGGAGAAAUGAAACUACGGCUGUUCAUUUUGCCGCUUAUGCUGAUGUUUGUUUCAAUGCUUUUGGAGACAGGGUAAAGUUCUGGAUAACGCUGAACGAGCCAUGGGUUGUAUCAUUAUUGGGACACGAGUAUGCAGCCAUGGCACCUGGUUUGAAGACAAGUGGUACAGCCAUAUACAAAGUUUCGCGAACUCUUAUUCUAGCCCAUGCUAAGGCUUAUAGAGUAUAUGACAAGACUUACAGAGCCACACAACACGGACAGGUUGGAAUAACUAUGAAUUGUGAUUGGUGGGUACCGAAGAAUCCAUCUAACCCAGAUGAUAAGAACGCUGCAGAGCGAGGUCUUCAGUUCCAUCUUGGAUGGUUUGCCCAUCCAAUUUAUGUAAAUGGUGAUUACCCAGACAUCAUGAAACAACAAAUUGAUAGAAGAAGCAAAGAACAGGGUCUGAACAAAUCCAGGCUUCCACCAUUUUCAGAGGAAGAAAAACGCUUAAUAAAUGGUACUUACGACUUCUUUGGACUAAACCAUUACACUUCUGUGUUGGUGUCUCACCACAAGUGCAAUAUUUCCGAUAGCUCUUAUAACUGCGACAGAGAACUUAAUGAAGAUAAAGACCCAAACUGGCUAGGGUCUGGAUCAGACUGGUUGAAGGUAACACCUUGGGGAAUACGGAGAUUGUUAAACUGGAUCAAAGAUCAGUACGGAGAUGUCCCUGUCUAUAUCACCGAAAAUGGGGUCUCUGAUAGGAAUGGUUCGCUCAAUGACCAGCACAGAAUAUAUUUCUAUAAAAACUAUAUCAACAAUGUUUUAAAAGCCAUUAAAAUUGACGGUUGCAAUGUCAAGGGAUAUACAGCAUGGUCUUUGAUGGACAACUUUGAGUGGGCACGCGGUUAUGCAGAAAGAUUUGGUCUACAUUUUGUAAACUUCUCUGAUCCUGAAAGAACUAGGAUUCCGAAGGCAUCAGCGUUAUGGUAUAGAAAGUUGGUAGAACGUCAUGGUUUUGCGGAGGAUACGCGACUUCAGUAUCAGAAUGAGAUGUUAUAUGGACAAUUUCCCAAAGACUUUACUUGGGCUGCAGCAACAGCUGCUUAUCAGAUAGAAGGUGGAUGGAAAGAAGGUGGACGUGGUUUAAGUAUCUGGGAUGUCUUCUCACAAACACCGGGGAACGUCCUGGAAAAUGCUAACGGAAACAUUGCAGACGACAGCUAUCACAAAUAUCCUGAAGACAUAAAUCUUUUGAGAGCAUUAAAGGUUACACACUACCGUUUCUCCAUCUCUUGGCCGCGGAUAUUUCCAAACGGUUCUGGUACACCAAAUCAAGCAGGCAUAGACUACUAUAACAAGGUGAUAGACAUGCUCCUUGCUGCAAACAUAGUUCCCAUGGUUACGCUGUAUCACUGGGAUCUCCCUCAAGCUAUACAAAAGCAUUAUGGCGGUUGGAUUAACAGGACCACGGCCGAUUUGUUUAAGGAUUAUGCUGACGUCUGCUUCAGAGAAUUUGGCGAUCGGGUGAAGAUAUGGAUAACAUUGAACGAGCCCUGGGUUGUUUCAUUUGCGGGAUAUGGAAACGGUGAAAUGGCGCCAGGCAUAAAUAAAACUGGGACGUUGGAUUAUGAAGCUGGACAUACACAAAUUAUAGCCCACGCAAAGGCUUAUAGGUUGUACGAGAGGAAAUAUAAAACUUCCCAACAAGGUACGGUUGGUAUCACGUUGAACUGUGACGCAGCUAUACCAAAGAAUCCUAACAGUACACUAGAUCAUGAGGCAGCAGACAGAAGAACACAGUUCCAUCUUGGCUGGUUCGCUCACCCUGUCUUUGUUGAUGGUGACUAUCCAACCGUCAUGAGACAAAAGGUUGAUAAGAAGAGUGAAAAUUUAAGCCAUUCAAGAUUGCCAAGGUUUACUGAUGAGGAAAAAGCUAUGAUCAAAGGAUCUUCCGACUUCUUCGGUAUAAACCAGUACACAGCAGUGCGAGUAGCAGAUGCCGAGUUACCUACAGACCACACAUAUUAUAAUGACAUGGACGUAAUACAGGAUGUAGAUCCGAGUUGGCCACCGUCUGCGUCGAGCUGGCUGUACGUGACACCAUUUGCCAUACGGAAUAUACUAAACUGGAUCAGGAAAGAAUACGGAGAUAUUCCUAUAUACAUAACCGAAAAUGGAUUGUCCGAUUAUAACGGCACAUUGGAGGAUUAUCACAGGGUCUCCUAUUAUAGAAGUUACAUAAACGAAGUUCUAAAAGCCAUGCAGUUAGACAGAAUCAACGUCAAAGGGUACACGGCUUGGUCACUUCUUGAUAAUUUCGAAUGGGCACGAGGUUAUACAGAAAGAUUUGGUAUACAUUAUGUCAACUUCUCGGAUCCUGAACGUCCACGAACGCCGAAGCUUUCCGCAGGAGCGUACCGCGAAAUAGUACUAAGAAGUGGAUUUCCGGAACAUCCCGUGAACCAGACUGAUUGGCAGUAUCAGGACGAUUUCCUGUAUGGGUUAUUUCCGGAAAACUUUGCUUGGAGUGUUGCCACGGCAGCGUAUCAAGUUGAAGGUGGAUGGAACGAAGAUGGCAAGGGAGUCAGUAUAUGGGACACCUUUUCACACACGAACAGAAUCAAAAAUAACGACACGGGAAAUAUUGCUUGUGAUACAUACCACAAAUAUUUGACUGAUAUCUCACUCUUGAAGAAUUUAAAGAUUUCCCAUUACCGGUUUUCAAUAUCUUGGACCCGAAUUCUACCUGAUGGUACAAAUAAACACAUUAAUCCAGCAGGUAUCGCGUAUUACAAUGAUUUAAUUGAUGCUCUUCUGGACGCUGAAAUUGUUCCCAUGGUAACCAUGUAUCACUGGGACUUGCCUCAAGCUUUUGAAGAUGUCGGUGGAUGGACCAAUGACAGUAUUGUUGAAAGAUUUGUUGAUUAUGCUAGAGUACUGUUUGAUAACUUUGGAAAUAGGGUCAAAUUCUGGAUAACUCAUAAUGAGCCAUGGGUAGCAGCUCACCAUGGAUAUGAGAGUGCAGAUCACGCACCAGGUCGCAAAGGUCAAGGUUAUUCUGCCGGUCACAAUUUUCUGCGAUCACACGGAAAAGUAUAUCGCCUUUAUCAGAAGGAGUAUAAAUCGUCACAACAAGGUCAAGUUGGAAUCACAUUGAGCCACAUGUGGGGAGAACCUCAUGAUAAUCAAAGUCUUGCUGACAUCGAGGCCGCCGAGAGGUUUAAUCAGUUUAGUUUGGGAUGGUUUGCUAAUCCUAUAUAUGGCAAUGGAGAUUACCCGGAUGUUAUGAAAUGGCAGAUCGGUAAUAAGAGCUUAGAGCAAGGGUUAAAGAGCUCCAGAUUACCUGAAUUUACUAAUGAAGAAAAAGAAAUGUUGAAAGGAAGCGCUGAUUUCUUUGGUUACAACUUGUAUACGUCCGCUUUGAUUCAGGCCAGUGUGAAACCCCUUCAUCCACCCAGCUACGAGGGAGAUCUCGAUCUUAUAGAAAGCAAAGACCCAAAGUGGCUUAAGUCAGGAUCAAAGUGGUUACGGGUAACACCCUGGGGACUGCGACGGGGUCUAAACUGGAUCAAGUCUCAUUAUAACAAUUUCCCGGUCUACAUUACUGAAAAUGGCGUUUCUGAUAAUACAGGCACAACCUCAGACCAGCAUAGAAUAGAUUAUUACAGGCAGUAUAUCAACGAAGUGUUGAAAGCCAUACGAUUAGACGGAUGUGACGUCAGAGGCUACACAGCAUGGUCUUUUCUUGACAAUUUUGAAUGGAUGGAAGGCUAUUCGGAACACUUCGGUUUACAUUUUGUAAACUUCUCGGACCCAGAAAGACCACGAACACCGAAGCUAUCGGCUGCUUAUUUUACAAGCAUUGUAGAAAAUAAUGGAUUCCCUAAGUCUGGACAGGAAAUUAGCGUUUCAACAACAACAGCCUCAAGUGACGUCACUCGACCGCCACAAAUUAUCGAGUUUCCGGGACAUGAAAAAGAUGUUGGUUCUAAGUCAAGUACAUGGAGAGUAAACAUUUUAUCUGUGACAUUCUGCUUUCUAAUUAACUGUUUUGUUCUUUUACGAAGGUCCUGAUGCCUUACAAUCUGUACAUUUUUGCAUUGUUCAAUAGUUAGGGUGUUUGGUUAGAUCCAUAUUUGGAUCCCGUGCUGUUGGAUAAGAGAUUAAUGGCGACAUAAACCAAUCUGUUUAUUAAUGUCUUAAGUUCAUUUUAAGCCAUGUUGCCAAUCUAAAUUCUGCGAAUGGUCCGAUUUGUGACGUCAUUGAAAUAGCAGCCAUAUUUAAAUUUAAACUUACAUUUAUUAUCAUCUUCAAGUGACUAAUCAGAGUUGUUUGUUUUUGAUGCUUAGUGUGUUUUAUAUAGUUUAUAUUCUACACAUAUAUAUUUCUCUCGCAUAAUGUUAUUUUGAAUAAAAGGAACGUCGUUUACAUGUUAGUAAAGAUAUAUUACGUACAAAUUUUAUAUUUGAAUGCAUGAAUAUUAUCCAUAGGCCCCAUCUAACGGUAUCCUUAUGGUAUAGCAUUAUAUAGUAAGAAAAGAAAAGGUAGGACACUUCCGAAACACCAAAUCUGAUUUGAAGCUAAUAUAGAACGUACGGUUCAAACGAUACACUUAAUUAAUUGAUAUUAUUGUAAUAAACCUACGGCAUAAGUUUAACCUUUAUCACUACAGUAUUUUUAAAGAAAUCGGCGAUUUUCCACGAACUUCAGAUUUCUACAUCUUCCCUGCUUGUAUACAUCCGGUUUGCAACGGAGUGAAUUUUUAGUCCCUAUUGCGGUGGUCAAAAAUAAAACUUCGGUAUCGAAGGUAUAAAAUUUCGUGAAAAUAAAUCGAAAAAUUUACAUUCUGUACCGGCUUGGCCCGGUGUAAAAAUGUUGUGGUCACGCUUAGCAGCGCUCCUUAGUUGUUCUAACUGAAUUGACAUUUUUGUUUAUUAUUGUUUGUCGCUAUUUUUUCAUUCAGUUCUAUUGAAGUAAUGAUGAUGAAGGUAUAUAGCCGAGGUAUAUCGAUUUUCCCGGUAUCUGUCAAAUUAUACCUAUUAACCAAUGAAAUCGCAGAGGAUAUUCGCACCGUAGAUCCGGAAACAGCGGAGCAAAACAAAUGUUUGACUCGAUUCAAAAUGUAAAACAUCGAUUUUAUAGCUAUAAUAGGACUUAUUUGAACAUUUUUUGUGGUAAAUUUGUUAAAAUUAAUAUUUCCAACUAACGUUUAAAUUUUAUUCUGUUGAAAUCGAUCAUAUAUUAAUGAACAAGAGAAUAUGGGUAUUCGGAAGUGUCCUACCUUUUCUUUUUUCUUACUAUAUAAAUGCUAUACCAUAAGGAUGCGUUAGAUGGGGCCUGUGAUAUUAUCUAUGUAAUAAUGAAAUUAACAUGUUUGUGUGUAUAAACGGUAGUGUGUUAGGUUUCAAUACAGCAUACUAAUAAAGUGUAAAUAAAACGCAGUAGUUUGGUUUCCAAGAGUAUCAGAAUGUUAAAUAAAUGAGCCGCGCCAUGAGAAAACGAACAUAGUGACUUUGCAUCCGCGCAGUCUGGUCAGGAUCCAUGCUGUUCGCUAACAGUUUCUCUAAUUGCAAUAGGCUUUGAAAGCAAACAACAAGGAUCCUGACCAGGCUGCGCAAAGUCGCAAAUAUAACCGUGUCAAUUCAGUUUUGAUUUUAACUUGUUUAUAAAUAAGUUUUAGCAAUAAUCUAAUAUUCUUUUUUUUUUAGAUUUUAUUGUCCAAUUUUGACAACGCAAUUUUGUCCAUAGUUUCUGUAAAUGCUGUCAAAUUGUGCGUGCAGUCUCGCGGAAAGGGUCUUCAACAAUAUAAUUACACAUAUGUUGCUUAUACGAAAAUAAACGCCUUUUUUCUUUUUUAUAUAAAGUAAAAAGUGAAUGUAAAUUUUACAUUUUGAUUGAUUCUGGGUCCUUACGCGGGAUGCGAGAAUAACAAUUUGAACAUGUCAUGGACAGCUGCGUUCUCAGCUCGUCGCAGAAUCUUAAAUGUACUCGAUCCUUACAUGUAUGCAAACAUCUACAAUUCUACUCUGCUGUGUUGUAUGUUUAAAAUUCAGUUUUCUGUUUUGCAAAUAAUCGUACAAAAUCCUGGCUUAAAGGAGCGGGUGCAUGACAGUACUUGUUGACUUGAGUUGCACAAGUAUUAGCUAGAAUCUGCGGUUAUGUUUGACUUUAAGGUAGUUCUGCACGUUUGGAUCGAAAUCUUUUCUACAAUGCAGAAUUUGAUUAAACUCUGAUUUUUCAGAACUUCAGAAUAUACGUGAAAAAUUCAGCAAAUAAAAAAGAAAGGGUCGUGUACUUGAUUUUUUGCCUGUCUGAUGUGUAAAAUUUGGACCUCUCGCAAUAUUUCAUAAUGGGAGUGUAUGGGAAAGUCAUAACUUUCAUAACAUUUUCGCGAAUAGAAUUUUUUCUACAAUGUAGAUUUUGGUGAAACUUCUCACAGUUGUAAAUAAACACAUGUUCUAUAAUUUUGGUGAAAUAAAAUGUAUAAGUCCGUUUGCUUAUUUUUGAGAUAUUUGGCCAUGAUUAAAGUGAACCGGACAUUUCACGCUAAUUUUAAGACAUUGUUUUGUUUUUUUAACGUGUAAUAUGUUUUAAUAUCAUAUUUUGACUUCAGAAAUAUAGCAACAAUGCCACUGUAAUACAUUUACCAACAGGUUUCCAUUAAUUCAUAAAUUGAUUUUCAUUUCCGUACGCCGAAUCCAGGCUUUAUUCUACGUUUUCCUGAUAAAUGACGUUACGCCAUCACUUCCGGUUUUUCAAACGUGCAGAACUACCUUAUUAGCUGCAAGCUUGCUAGAGUGAUGCAGCUGGCUGCUCGAAAUGGACACGAUACUUUGGGUACUCCACGAGUAAACACAAGUUAAUAAAAAUCCAUGUGUAUGAGCUUAAAUCCAAUAUCAGACUUUAUUUUAAAUGAUAUUCCAAAUAGCGGUUUUCGGAAAUACUUAAAAAGAAUAAACAUAUUUAUUCCAGUCUCGAAAAUGUAAACUAUAUUGAAUGAAAUACAACAGGAAGACAUGUAAAACUGAAGUUUACACGGCGAAACAAAUACGGUAUGGUUAAGCUCGCGUUUUUACUACACUCAUCAUUUCACCUAAUUUCAACCAGUAUUUUACCUUGUAAAUUACACAAACUUAUGAUAUUGAAGAUAUAUGAAUAUACAUACACAGGAAUUUAAAAGAAUAAGCACUUCAUUCCAUUAGAUAUUUAUUAUUCCUGUAUUUAAUACGCUGUAGACAACAAAUAAUUUCAUUACCGCCCGACCACUGAAAAAUAGAGAAAAGAAUCGGGGACUGCAUUAAUUACAAUAGACAAUGUACUUGUUUUCUUGUAGAUCAAGAAAAUAAUACAGCUGAAUGUCGAUAUCUCGAAAUUCCGGCUAUCUCAGAGAUAUUUUGGAAGUCACGUCCCGACAGAAUACAUGCACAAAGAUAUCAAUUUAAAUCGAAUUUCGGUUAUUUUGAAGUAAAACGCUCAAUCUCUUAGAGUUGCAACUGUAUACUAGGAUGGUUACAUAAUGUUUUAAGCUAAAAAUUUAUAUUGAAAAUAACAUUUUGAUACAGAUCUACCUAGUGUGUAAAAAUUCAUUUGGUUUAUUGCCUUAUAUGCUACUUAAUAUUAAAUUCUUGUGCAUUUUGAAA